AUGGCUGCUCCUUCAGAUGUCUCAAUGCACAAUCUUACGGGCUCUUGGACAAUGAGCAAAAGCCUCUCCGAUUCAUUCGACGGAGCUCUCGCCAUGCAGGGGAUUCCCUGGAUCAUCCGCAAGCUCGCCAGCCUCGCCACCCUGACCAUGAAGGCGGAGCACGAUGUGGACGAGUCCGGGGCCAGGAUCCUGGUCUUCACACAGGGCGCGUCCAUCGCCAUUGGCGGGAUCAGCGAGGAAAGGGAGGUACGCGUGCUGGACUGGCGAGAGGAAUUCCACUCCUCCCCCAUCUUCGGCACCACGUCGCACCGGUCCCGCAUGGUCAACCUGUCCGCGGCCACCGGCCACGACGGCAAGCCCCUGGACCCCUUCCUGACGGAGCCUUUUCUCGACGAGGGCGAGCCCGGCGGGGAAAACAACCUGUAUGAGCUUGUCGUCCACCAGACCAACGGCUGGGUCAUGGAGCAGCUUUGGGGGUUUGGCAUGCUAAACGAGCAGAGAUGGCUUAUGAGGACCAUGGCUAUCAGGAAGGGCGGCGAGGUGGUCAAGGCUAGGGCCGUUUAUGAGUGGAACGGCAGGGAGAGUGAACGGAAAUGA